AUGCAGACUACCUCACUUGACGCGUCGAAGCCUCGUACGACUGGAAUUCCUCGAGGAUCCGAGUCUUUAAGUCCUAUCUUGGGCGUCGGAGACAAAAUUGGCUCUGGAGACACUUUCAUUAUCGAGAAUUUGCUUGCAGACGACUUGGCUGACAUCGCUUUCGAGAAUCUGAAGAAUGAAGUGCAUUGGCAUACUAUGUUCCAUAGAGGUGAUGAAGUUCCACGACUGGUUGCUGUAGAGGGAGUCAUUGAAAAAGACGGCAGUAUCCCACUCUAUCGCCACCCUGCCGACGAAUCACCUCCUCUUCAUCCAUUCACACCUACCGUUUCGCUCAUCGCCCAAGCAGUCUCAAAGGUAGUAAAUCACCCGGUUAAUCAUGUUUUGAUACAGCACUAUCGUAGCGGGAACGAUUACAUCUCCGAGCACUCUGAUAAAACAAUUGAUGUCGUCCGGGGUUCCAAUAUCGUGAACGUCAGCAUCGGUGCCCAGCGCGUGAUGUUUCUGCGCAGGAAAAAGGAUCUCACUCCUACAAAAUACGCGCAGCGUAUUCCGCUACCGCAUAACUCUAUGUUUGUUAUGGGACUUAACACAAAUCGCGAGUGGCUGCAUGGGAUUCAUCGAGACAACCGUCCCGUAAAGACUAAGAGCGAGGUCGAAACUGCUUUUGGAGGCGAGAGAAUCAGCUUGACGUUUAGGCGUAUCGGCACCUAUUUGACGAAUGAUUCGAGCCUGAUCUAUGGACAAGGAGCUGUCGGAAAGACGAGGGAGGAAGCAAGACCAGUGAUUAACGGGGUACCCGAGGAGUCCCAAAAGUUGAUCGACGCGUUUGGAAAAGAGAAUCACGAAAGCCUGUUCGACUGGGAUGAAGUUUACGGGCAGGGAUUUGAUGUCGUGAAUUAUACAGUGUGA